AUGCUCCUCUCCUCCGUGCAAGAAGUCAAAAAGAUCUACUCGGCUUUGACUUCCUUACCCGAGACUGCAUUCGGAGAAGAAGGCAAACACAUCCAAGAACUUUGCCCACGCCUUGCAGAGCAGUACGAUGAUUCCGACCCCGGAAUUCUAGUCGCUCUCAUCACAAUGAACUAUCUAGUCCUAGAAGCCGGAGAAUCACUCUACAUUCCCGCCGAUGGAAUCCACGCAUAUCUCGCCGGCGACAUCAUCGAGUGUAUGGCUCGUAGUAACAAUGUCCUCAACACCGGCUUCUGUCCUCGAGCAGACAGAAAUAACAUAGAACUCUUCAUCUCCUGCCUAACCUUCACGCCACACUCCGCGGGAGAAAGUAUGCUUCGUCCGAAAACCUAUCCAAGAAGUUUAAAAGGAAAAUCAAUCCUCUACGCCCCGCCACUAAGUGAGUUUGAUAUGCUACAAACAUCGCUCGAAGCCGGCGAGAAGGAAAUCUUGAAAGGUUUUGAAGGACCUGCUGUCUUUGUUGCUACGAAGGGAAAUGCUGCUUUGAAGGCGAAUGGAAAGGUGUAUAAUGUUAGAGAGGGGAGCGUGUUUUUCGUUGCACAUGGGACGGAGUUGGAAUUGGAAAGUCUGGAGGGAGGGUUUUUGAUGCAUACUGCUUUUGUUGAGGGUGGUACUGAAUAA